AUAUAAAGACUCGUAUAGUUCGUAUCAUAUACGUAUAUGGCUGAUUUUGUCCAUCUUCAUAUUAAUCCACGGUAUGGUUGACAAUAUGUACACAUGGAUCGGCAGACCAUUUGUUUCCGAACAAUGCCUCGGAGCUCCAAUUCAGAUGAAUGGUGGCCCGGAUUAGUUCAUACUUAACUUUAUCACAUCCGGGGUAGUGUUUAUUAACAAUCCCUCUUCCCUUUUUUUUAAUCUCCAACUGGGGAACGAUUACUUGAAGGACCCCAAAAUGUAUAGACCUUUAUUACGAAAUGCUACCAGGCAAUUGGCAAACAGGAGACCGGUAGCUGUUGUAACCAGAGGCUUCGCUGCCCAUGCUACCCCGCAACCAUUUGAUUGGAAAGAUCCUCUGCGAGCACAAAAUCUCUUUACGGAAGAAGAAAUAGCUAUUUCGGAAACUGCAGAGCAAUAUUGUCAGGAACGAAUGUUACCUCGAGUUUUGCGUGAGUUUGAUUGUUGUGGUUUUGGGAGCGCAAGCUAAAUGAAGGGUCAAAUAGAGGCAUAUCGGGACGAACAUUAUGAUCGAAAGAUACUUGAGGAAAUGGGAGAAUUGGGAUUGCUAGGAGCUACGAUUAAUGGUUAUGAUUGUGCUGGUGUAUCGAAUGUUGCUUCUGGACUUAUUACAAAGGCGGUUGAACGAGUUGACAGUGGAUAUCGAUCCGGAAUGUCAGUACAGUCUUCGUUAGUGAUGGGUGGUAUAGAUGAGUUCGGUACACAAGAACAGAAGGAUAAAUACUUGCCAAAAUUGGCAAAGGGAAAACUGCUGGGUUGUUUUGGUUUAACAGAGCCAAAUCAUGGUAGUGAUCCUGGAUCCAUGGAGACAACUGCGAAACCACAUCCUACAAAGAAAGGAUAUUAUUCAAUAUCAGGAGCUAAGACAUGGAUCACAAAUUCUCCAAUCGCAGAUGUAUUCUUGGUAUGGGCCAAGUUACAGGAGACUGGAAAGAUUAAAGGUUUUAUCAUUGAUCGAGCGGACUGUCCACCGGGGACUUUGGAGACGCCUGCUUUGAAGGAUAAAAAUGGACUCCGAGCUUCUUUGACUGGAAUGAUUCAACUCGAUGAAUGUCCAGUACCUGAGGCAAAUAUGUUCCAGACAGUUGAGGGUCUUCGAGGUCCAUUUACUUGUUUGAAUAGUGCAAGAUAUGGUAUUGCUUGGGGAAUGACAGGUGCACUCGAGGAUUGUAUCGAUAGAGCUAGAACAUAUGCUCUUGAGAGAAAACAAUUCAAAGGCAAUCCACUAGCCAAAUAUCAACUCGUCCAGAAGAAGCUGGCAGACGCCGUCUCAGAUGCUGCUUUUGGUACACUCGCUUGUGUUCAGGUAGGAAGACUUAAGGAUAAGGGAGAAGCAGCACCAGAGAUGAUUAGUAUGAUUAAGAGACAGAAUUGUGAUGCUGCACUUCGAAAUGCGAGAACAUUACAGGAGAUCUUUGGUGGUAAUGCUGCGAGUGAUGAGUAUGGUAUUGGAAGACAUGUUUCGAAUUUGUUCGUUACACAAACAUAUGAAGGACAAAGUGAUAUCCAUUGUAAGUUGUCUCUACCUUUCGUUCUUAGUAUAUGGUGUGAUUCGCAUUGGUGCUAACCAAUACAUAGGUUUGAUUCUUGGGAGAGCCAUCACUGGUAUUCAAGCAUUUUGUUAAUCAAAUUGAAUUGAAUCAACUGGAUUUGAGCGAGCAACAAGUGGAAAAUGGAAACGGCAGGUGAUUGAAUCAUGUAGAAGUAAAUGAUAACCGAGGUGUCAACUCCAGAUUUUUGAUACGAAGUUUCUUUGUGGAAAGUGGGUGAAUAGGAGGGAUCGAAAGAAUAGAGUACCUUUUUUGAAUAAAUGAGUUCAAUCAAGAUAAAUGU